CUCUUUACUGCCUAGCUCUCUUUCUUUGUUUUAUCUUCGCUCUUACUUUUUUCUUAGUCUUCUAAGUUUUACGCCACGUGUUUAUUCACGUUGAUUCUUCUUUAACAUCGUCUUAGUUCAAGUUUUGAAACUUCAACUUUUUGUGCGCAGAGUAGUUCAAGAUUAAGCCUUGAACUGAUUUUUCUUUAAUUUCACAAAGCCUUUUUUAAAAUACUUUCGACUGGUCAUUGAGCCUCUUUUUUUCUGAGUCAUCUGCAUGAUUCGAAAGUCACCUCUGAACACCACCCAGCAGACCCAAAGUCAUCCUGUGAGCCUACGUUUUUGAGUGAGACAAGCGAGCAUCCAAAGGAUCCACAGCGGCGGCUUUUGCUUCGGACCCGAGUGCUGCAACUCCUGGCCCAUCCUUCGGCUGACUUCGGUCGUCUUCUGAGCCGAACCUCUCGAACAGCCGGACCUUCGGAACCUGCUCCAUCUUCUCCAAGGACCAGUCUCACUUAAGUAUGCAAACCUCCAGAGCUCCAAACAGGGCUGAUGCUGUCUCAUGCGUUCAUAACUCAGAUAUCCACUUAUUCUGGUAAUCCUAAAUUCCUCCAAAUCCACAUCCAAAUUCAUCUUGACACCAAAGUUAGUGUAGGUUAAUAUGUUAGAGCAUAUUCACUCACUAUCAUUAACUUUAGUGCUCCUAGCCUGACUCAGAAUCUUUAAUUAUUCACUUAUUAUUAUCUAUCCUCAUUAUCUUAUCAUGUAUGUUGUACCGUCAUUUAUCCUGUAAUAAACAGAUCAUUAUUUUUCUAAGUUCCUGUCUGUUAGUGGAGUCCCUGAAAUUAGAAUUUUGGCUUAAGAUAUGAGAUUGAUUCAUUUAAGAUUGAUUUAAUGUUUGAUUUCUUAAUUGAACUUUUAUUUUUAUUUAUUAAAGGUGGGUGGAGCCCCUUUAAUCGAGUGCAUAAAUGUCAUAAUUUGAGAUUAUUAAUCUUCAGACAAUUAUAUUAAAUUCAAAUCGCUACACAGAAUAAUUAGAUUAUUCAUAUACAAGACAAAAUAAGCAAAGACUGAUGUGUCCACAGGGGGCGCCAAAAUUGACACAAACUGAAAGUUCCUCACAGGAGCUUUAAUAGUGACAUCUGAGAGAAAAAUCUCAUCCUGUUGCCUUUUGAAUUUACCUCCAGGAAUCAAUAAAGUUCUUAUUUUAAUCUUGGACAGUCAAAUAAUUGAAUGUGAGUUUGUUUUAGAGCUGUUUCUGUUGUAGCUCGACUGACACCCACCCCCUCGCAGUGAUUUAAGACAAUAUCUGUCCUUCGUGUCAGUAAUGGUCUCGUUCCUUUUGGUGUCUCGUAAAACGGCAUCAGUGUGAAUUUUAGUCCAUUUCAGUCACUUAAAAACUCUUUUAUAUCUGAGUUUUUACCUCUUUUAUCACUCUACCUCUGCUUUCAUUUUCUGCACCCUCACGAAUAUUCACUUUACCUGCCCCUCAGGAUUUCCGUCACGUAUUUUCCCAGCAGACUUCAAACUCACCGUACAGGUUUUGAUAAUUACAUGAGGAGGUGUCCCCAUGUGGGUGCAGAUCUUGUUAGUCACGGUUCAUCAGUCAGAGAGAGGAGAGAUGACUUCUGUUCAGGAGGUGGACCCCGGGGUGCACCGGAGGAUCAGGGAGUCCCCCACCCUGCAGAGUCCGGAUACACCUGUCACAGCAGAGAUCACACAGGUGAGUCGUAGAUUUGCACAUUUGCACCCUACAGGGGCAUGAAUAGAUUUAUUCACCAGGUCUCUGAUUUAUGCAAGGCUGGCAUGACGUGAUGUGAGCUGACACACAUCCUGGAAGUGUUUAUUUACAUUAUCAGUCUGUAAUCAGGCAGUUGUUGUUUUACAGUUACGUAAAACACAUGCAAGAUUGAUAAAGGUUACUGCGCUGUCACAAGGUUGAUGUGCAAAACAUCAAAUUUCUUUCCCUGUUGAGGAUAAAUCUGAAGUGAAGUCUGCAGGUCAGUUUUUGAGUCGUACUCCUGACUUUCCCGAAUACUUUGCAGUUCAUAAACCUGUUUUUAACGAUGUGUCCGACAACCCACGGAUGAAAAAAGUUUACAGACAGAAUUAUUAGAGGAAUGCAUAAAGACAACACAAUGAAGGUGCUGAAAAUACUGCUGUUUAAGAAGAGAUCUUUGCAGGAGAAGCUGAGGGUUAAAGAGCUGGGAUCAGACCAGUCAAACCCCACGGAUGAAAAAGUUUACAGACAGAAUUAUUAUCAAAAUGCAGAAAGACAACACAAUGAAGGUGCUGAAAAUACUUCAGUUUAAGAAGAGAUCUUUGCAGGAGAAGCUGAGGGUUAAAGAGCUUGGAUCAGACCGGUCAAACCUCAAAGUUGUACAGGUGGAUAAAUCAGAAAAGGUCAUUUUGAAGGAUCUUAAUAAAACGAUCUUUUCUAACCCAGAUUGUGUUCCUCUCAGGUUGUGAAGAAAGUCUUCAAGCAGGUGAUUGAUAUCAGCUCCGGUGACCCCCACAGGGCGGGGAUGGCCCCUCUCUCUUUUGUCCGUCAGGUGGGUGUAAUCUAAAUUAUUCAUGUGUUUGUUUGUUUGUCGGCCUGCGUACCUGCAUUCCUUAACCGACCUGUUUUGUGACUGUAACUCUGUGUUUUAUCUCUUCAGGUCCUGGCGGUGUGUAUUCACCCGGAGCUCCUGGAGGACCAAAGUCUGCCUCUGGAUGUCCGUCAGAGAGCGCAGAAGCUGCUGGGAGUCUGUGGAGGAGGAGGAAUUGGUCAGAAUCUUUGAUAUGUUAUUAUAUUUAGAAGAUUUGAACACUUUAAGUCAAAAUAAUCCACCGUAUUUACCUCAGUGCACUUUGUGAACGGCAGGGUCGUACUCUACCUGCUCCUGGGGUUUACCUCUGGUCCUCAAAAGUGCUGCUGAGUUCAUCACACGAAGAGACGGUGGAGUAAAGUCAGACCCAGAGGACCUCAUCUUCUCUACUGGCUCUCAGAAGACUUUGCAGGUAUGAUGAGAAGAUAUGUGUGCAUCAAAAUCACGUCCAGACUGCGUCUUUUGAAGUCUGUUAUUUAUCGUGUUUAGCUGGUUUUGCACCUGAUGGCCAGCGGAGAGGCGGAGACUCGUACAGGUGUACUGACCCCGACUCCCUGUCCUCACACCCUGCCCGCUCUGAUGGAUGUGUGCGGGGUGAAGCUGGCGCCUUAUCAGCUGAUGGAGGAGCGAGGGUGGGCUGUAUGUGUGGAUGAGCUGCACCGAGCUCUUAAGGCCGCUAGGGGGCACUGUGAGCCCAGAGCCAUUUACAUCAGCAACCCAGGAAACCCCACAGGUAAAUCUGACACAGUAACUUAAGAAACCACUUCUUAAAUCUUCCAUCUAAACUCUUCUUUGUCUCUUCAGGUCACGUCCAAAACAGAAAAUCAAUAGAGGAGGUGAUUCGGUUCGCUGCAGCCGAACGUCUCGUCCUGCUGGUUGAAGAGGUGCAUGAAAGUUUCAAAGCUGCACUUUUAAUGACUUCUAUCCACUUUUUAAUAUCAUCUCUGUCUUUUCCAUGUCCUUUUGGAUCCUCCAGGUGAACCAGGACGUCGUGUUCGGACCGGACAGAGAGUUUCUCUCCUAUAAGAGGGUCCUGUUCGAGAUGGAGAAACAGUUCUCAGAGACAGUGGAGCUCAUCUCCUUCCACUCUAUAUCCAGCGCCUGUAUGGGAGAGUGAGUACAACAGACUGAAACCUCUCCUCAAUCUAAAGUGUGACUCCUAAAUUCAUGAUAAAAACAUUCUUCUCUCGUUACGGUGUGUUUGACCCUAAAUUAAUUUUACGCUGGAAUCUCCCUUUAAAUGUACUCUGUGCCGACGCUGUGUUCAGGUGCGGGCUCAGAGGAGGAUACAUGGAGGUCAUAAACCUGGAUCCAGGGGUGAGGAAGUAUUUGAAGAACUUACAGGCCACCGCCAGUCCUCCGGUGUUACCUCAGCUGGCUCUGGAGCUCAUGGUCAAUCCCCCCUCACCUGGAGAUCCGUCCUAUCAGACAUACGCUCAGGUGAGAGGAACAUCUCAGCGGGUCACAUCAUGAUCAGACGAGUUCAUCUGUUUUAUUCACUGUGUAUUUAUCUUUCAAUUUAAAGGAGGUUCUUCACAUUAAGACAACGCUUUCCCAGAAUGCUCAGCGUGCCUGCGAGUUCCUGAAUGAUCUCCCAGGGGUGGCAUGUCAACCAUCGAUGGGCGGAGUCUUCCUUUAUCCUCGUCUGGAUUUACCGCCUCAGAUGAUCGAGGAGGCCAAGGUCAGGAAACCUCUGACCUCUGACCUCCUUGUUACCUCUCCUAACUCCCAUCUUCAUUUCUCUUAGACCUCUUCUUCUCCUCUCACUUUCAGAUGUUGGGAGUGGAGGCGGAUGUUCUUUACUGUCAGAAGUUUCUGGAGGAGGAAGGCGUGUGUUUGGGAGCGGGCAGCCAGAACGGACAAAAACAUCCAAACUCUCACAUCAGGUAAGAGAAGCAGAGACAGUUUUACAGCCGUGGUUUUGUUUUUAUCACCUGAACGUAAGAGAUCAUGUCCUUAAACUCGUGUCGUUAAAGUGAUUUACAGCCGAGAGUAAAAUCUGGGUGAACCUGUAUCUCCACGCCACCACAGGAGCUCCACCUCCUCUCAGCUGAGGUGUGUCUGUAUGUUUGUUCUGUAUGAAAUCACCGUGUGUUUGUGUGUCUCUGGUUCUCUCAGGCUGUGUGUUUUGGCUCCUCCCGACAUCCUGGAGGAGGUCUUGGCUCGCCUUCGCUCUUUCCACCUGCGCCUGCCGAGCAGAUUUCCCUGACGGAAAUGUCAAGGACACGGACAGACGGAAACAAUACGAGGCCUGCUUUUCACACCGUCUUCAAAGACAUCGACAUUCACCACAUUUCAAAUCUGGUUCAUUUUAAUGCUGCAC